AUGUUGCUAAAAUACGAUGAGCAUAGGAUAUUGGUUCUGUUGGGAGGGUCGCGAACGUACGAUCGAUCGAUCGCCAAGUCCCGGAAUCGGUCGACAUGGCACGCGCCCACCAACGACCAGCUGCAGUUCCAGAUGGCUGCCCUGGAAUUUGGUUGCACCUCCGACACCCUGCAGCAAAGCGCCGAUGACCAUCAGCCCCUAAUGCCUCUUCACCUAGCAACUGAGCAGAGCUCUGCUCAGAACCUCACUUGGGACGUGGAUGAGUACUUCUCCAACACGUCCAGCUCACCGGAGCUUGUCGAUUAUAUGCAAACUUGUUACCCUUUCAACUACCUGCCGAACUCUACAACAACCCUCAGUCACGACGCCGGCAUGUUAGCCCCCACCAACAGAACCAUUGAAGAUUCCUCUGCGACAGCACAACAGAAUACUUCACCAACGCAAACGAUCCAGGUUCCACAGAUGACCGAGAUCCAACUCCGAGCAGCAUCACGCAAGCCGAAAACCCGCCGAUACAAGGUGACUUCAGACACGCCAGCACACGUCAGAGAAUGUCAUCACCUGGCCGAGAAGCAGUAUCGAAUUCGACUCAAGGCGCAGUUCGAAAGUCUUCUAGCAGUGCUGCCCGCGUCGAGAACAAACACCCUAGCUGAUAGAGACAGCUCGCCGAGUUCAGGGCAGGUCUUGAGUAGGGGUCAAGUACUUGACCUCGCUCGAGAGCGUAUCAUCGAGUUGGAAGAAGAGAUUCGAAUUACGAGAAGCAUCAUGUCUAAUGUAUAUCCCUUACUCUGA